AUGAUCAGGUUUGUACAAAUACAUGGAUUACAAUUAGUACGACAUAAUAGUACGAUUAGUACAAUUAGUGGGAAAAUUCAGAAUGACAUUAGAUUGAUGAUUGAUCAAAAGACACCUCGUGCAUUUCUAAAACAGAAUUCCAAUUCUACAAAGGAACUUGUGAAGAUUUUGGAUGUCGUUGAUAAACCAGAUGAAAUAAAACCUAUAAAGAGGUUGCUAAUGAAAAAGUUUAAACAGAAUUAUUCACCUUUUAUAAAUAAAUUACGAGAUGCAUCAGAAAACCCAACAAAAUUGCAUUUGACUUAUAUAAAACAGAUUGGUCAAGAAUAUAGAGUUCUUUUUAAUAAGUAUAUUGACGAGAUAAUAUCAAAUAAUGAAAUUGAUACAAUAGAUAAAAAAAAUUGUAUUUAUGAAAUGAUUAAUUUACAAAAUGAACUAUAUCCAACUAUCGGUGAAAAGUACGGUUGGUUUUUGACAGAUAAGAUACAUAAAUGGUUCUGGGAAAAUAUUGAUAAAAACGAAUCAUUUACACAUUAUUAUUUUCUGAUUCAAAAUAACGUUAACCUGUCUUCGUCAUAUCAUAUUUUACAAUUUCAAAAACGAUUAUUGAAAGGUUCUCAGUUGGAGUUCGAAUUAGCUUCAUUUCAGCUAUUUUUGCAUAAACCAGAAUAUGAACAUAUAUUUAGGCGAAAAUUCAUAAUAUUGAAUAGUUUUGACUCAAUUCGAAGUUUCGUUAAUUUGUUAAUUCAAAAAAAUGAUUUGAGAUUUUUAAGAAUGUAUUUUAACUCGAUGUUAGAUAGUAUGAAAAGACCCUCGUUUAAAACAAAUCCGGAUACAGUUGAAUUUGACUCAAGAUUAAACUUAAUUUAUUUUAAUAUUAGUCUACUUAAUUAUCUGUCAAAAAUUGAAGAUAUUAAAAUGUUUUCAUCCACAUUACGAAUACUAGCUAACGAAACAUCUAAGAUACAGACCAAUGAACUGAAUAAAGAUAAUAAGAUUCGGUUAUCCAACAUUUCCAAUUUACUUUUAUCGCCACUCUCAUCUUCAAUAACUCUUCUUAGAAAUAAGGGUAUGUAUGAUGAGGCAUUUGACCUCUUAUCUCUCAUGAGGAAAACUCCAAUGGUCCAUAAUUCGGUGUUCAAAAACUUUUUAAUUGGUCAUUUGAUUUCAUGUUUGAGAUCUUUUAACGAUCCAAAACUGUCAUUACAAUAUGUAACAUCUGCUUAUAGAAGGAAAAGAGUUGCAUUGUUUUUGAACCAACUGGGAUUAUGGGGUUGGGUCUAUCAUGGUAAGUCCUAUACAUUAUCCAAUCAAGAGCUUGAUACAGAAUAUCAAAAGAUUAAAAACACUUUACCAAGAUCAAUGGUUUCAAUCCAAUAUCCUCCUCUUCCAGUGCUUACAGAAUUAUAUAUUACAGUACUAAAUACAUUCUCCAAGACUAUGGACAAAGAAAAUUUCAAAGUUUUUCUGCUAGACUUAUAUCAAAGAUAUAAAAAGACAAUUUUACCUAUGAGGAGUCAUAAUCUUUACUUUCAACAAAACACAGGUAUACUUAAUGCAUUUCUAAAACACGUAAGAUAUUCUAUCAAUGAUCAUCUACUUUCCCUCACAAUUUUGAAAGAUUUCUACAACGAAAGUGACUCCCAUAGAUUUAAACCUACUGAUGGAACCAGUCCAUUUUCGAUAGUUGUUUAUCAAAAUGAGAAGCUAUCUAAUAGGGAUAUCUCUAAAGUAUUAGAAUUGAUGGAUUCUCUUGAAAUACCAUUGGAUUUUAAGUUUUGUGUGGCAAUGGUAUAUCAUUAUCAUAGCCGUAAUAACAUACCGGAAGCAUUAGUUUGGUAUAAAAAAAUAUUAGAUUCUAAGUUCAAUGUGGAACACAUGGGACUAAUCAAGCUAAUUACUGAAAAUGGAUGGGAAUAUCCAGAUCACUUUGAUAUGAAGUUAUUAGAAAAUCUGGAUGAACAAAAACAAUCGAGUACAGAAGAGGAGGAUUUCUUAAUUUCAAAUACUAAGGAAGAUCUUGAAACUGAAGCUCCAACUGAAGCAACGACUGACAGUGAGAUGAUUAUUAAAGAGUUUCAAGCGAUGAUAUCAAAUACUAAUCAUGUAUUAAAGAAACCUUUAUUGGACUGA